GGUAGGGGAAGAGCAGAGAGAAGGAUCCAGGCUGAGCAGCAUGAAGGGGCCCUCACCUACCAGCAGCCUCCUGCUGUUACUGUUGCUCCUGAGCACAGACCCUACAGCAGCAAUUCUGCUGCCACCCAGCACUAGCUGCUGUACUCAGCUUUACCGACAGCCACUCUCGAGCAAGCUACUGAGGAAGGUCAUCCGGGUCGAAGUACAGGAGGCUGAUGGGGACUGUCACCUCCAGGCUAUCGUGCUUCACCUGUCUCAACGCAGUGUCUGCAUCCACCCUCAGAACCGCAGCCUGGCCCAGUGGUUUGAGCGCCAAAGGAGGAGGCUCCAAGGGAUUCUGCCCAACCUGAAUUUGGGGCUGACAGGGAAAAUGGGCCAGGGCCCCCAAUAGCCAAAAUAAUAAAGCAGCAUUGGAUAGUCA